AUGUUGCUUAGUGAGCGCAUGAUACCAUCACCGCAAAGGGAAACGGCUAUGGAUCGACUCUUGAACUCUUUGGAAGACCGUGGAAUGAAUUUAGAGCACCAGGCUAAGGAUGAGAAGGAGGGGACGGCUCCAGUUCCCAAAGUGGCGCGACUUCUUCGCGAUGGCCAAGGAAAGUUCAUGUAUAUUGGCGAUUCAGCAAGCCUUUCUUUCUUACAGAGUGUGCGCCGUGUCGUUACCUCUUCAAUUGGCCGAUGCGAUUUCACUGAGGACAACUCGCGGCAUUCCAUGCUUGAGGCCUUCCAGAGCAACCCCAGCUCCCAGCCACCUGGGCCUCUGGUGACGCCUCCGAGUGACGACGAGGCUCACAAGCUAGCCCACCAAUUUGUGCUUGCCACAAGCCCUCUAUUAGAUUUGUUUGACCUGAAAGAGUUCCACCCGCGACUUGCCAGCUGGGUUGCCAACCCCUCAGGCGAUGAAGACACUGUCAGUUCCAUUUUCUAUCUGGUACUCGCCAUCGGAGCCCAAGUUUCCGAGAUUGACCAGAGCUUGGCCGAGCAAUACUUCGGCAGUGGUCGCCAAUUAGCGUUUUCGGCAUUCCAGGAGACCCCCAGCAUCUAUACUAUACAAUCAUACAUUUUGGUUUCCAUGUACAUGCUCGGUGCCUGCAGACGUAACGGCGCAUUCAUGAACCUUGGAAUUGCUUUGCGUGCUGCUUACGCGGUGGGAAUUCACCGGAAAGACGCAAACGCACUGUUUUGUGGACGCGAACAACGGGCGAGAGAGCGAGUUUGGAAGAGUCUCCGCAUGAUGGAUCUUUUCCUCAGCGCGUCCUUAGGGCGACCUCCAGCGACCUCUGACUAUGACUAUGACAUACGCGAUGAUGCCCUUGUAUCGGGAGAAUCACAGGCACUUCGAACACCCGAACAGCAGCUCUCCAUUGCGGUCAUCUCACUGUGUCGAAUUUUUGAACGGAUUCUGACAGAUGUCUAUAUGAAACAAGUGAUAUCAAUCAAUGUCGCAGAGAACAUUUCGAAUCAGCAUCGGGCCUGGGUUCGAACCCUGCCAACAAUCCUCAAGAUGCAGACCGAAAGCCUCGAAAACAAAACCAUGGAGAGCAGUUUAGCUGCAGCCCAUGUGUUUGGGUCAUAUUACUGGUCAAUCAUCCUGCUGACCCGGCCAUUUCUUGUCUACCGCGUUGCUCAAUAUGUUAAGGGCAAAGCCGAUCCAUCUUCUACUCAGGAGACUCGAAACGGGAGCUCUCGCAUUGCACUAUUCGCCGAUGCGUGUGUCUAUUCAGCAUUGCGAGGCUUGGAUGUCGUCGAUGAUCUCAGUCACUAUGCCGCCCUCCCACGACGGCUACCAUUUCUAAUCAACUCCGUCUUCAAUUCCGUCAUUGUGCUCGGCGCAGCCUUUUUCGCUGAUUACGACAAUCUUCUCCCAUUAGAAGAGGGGAUAAACAAAGCCGAACGAUUUCUAGGCUUAUUUGUCCCGCAUGAUCCUCAUGCCUGUCGCUUUUUUCAAAUCAUCAAGUACCUCCGUGGGGCCGUGGCCGAGUAUGUCUCACGACGAAAUAGACAAUGGAUGGACCAUCGCAGUAAGCAGGUUGACCAACUUUUUGGCCAAGUUGGCGGCGGCGAAGAUCCCAACUCUCUGGCCUCGGGGACCGGUCGUGAUGUUCCACCUCUUGGCCGACCGAGUAAUCCACCCUCAGCAGCGGUGCCAACUCCUACCUCCCCUGGCAAAUUGACUGGCGGCACGCCACCCUCUUUCCUCACUCCACAGCCACCACAAUUCUCUGCCGGCGACGAUGUAUGGGACGCCCUCUGCAACGGUACGAAUGAAGCUGCUGCUUUGUCAUAUGAUGCAGCAAUAUCCGCUCUGACUACUUCUGGGAUCCCCGUGGGUUGCUCCCCUGGGGGGGACCAUUCCAUCAGGACAACCUGCUGUGUCUGGUGGCCCGUCCCCUCUCUCUGA